AUGGAAAAUUUUUCUGUUUUAAACGUUUUUACAAAGCUCAUUUUUGAUUCUUUAAAGGAGGAUGGAUUCAUAUUCAAUCCAUUUCCAUUUGGUUUUAUGAAUUUUAAAGAAAUCAAAUCUUUUGUUGAAGAUGCAAUUUUUUUGAAUCCAUUAAAAGCAUCUGGACUUGUUAAAGAUGAAAAAAAAUUGUUUUCCAUUACAAAUGAAGUUGAUAAUGAUAAUAUGUUGCAAACAAAAGUAAUUUUUGACAUUAAAUAUCAACUUUUUGUUAGUAAGGAGAAUGAAAAAUUAAAAUCAUUUCUUAGAGGAUUUGAAUUGGCUCGGCAAGUACUCGGAGACAGAAUCAAGAAUUUCAAAUUCUUGGUAAUUAUAGAUGAUAAAAAAUGUCUUGAAGGUUCCAAUUUUCUGUAUAAACACUUAACCAUUACCUACGGAAAUGAACAUGUUACUUCGAAAUCGAGGACUAUCUUUCUGAACAAUAAUAUAAUUUCUAUUCUAAGAGAAGUCACAGAGAUUGUCCUCCUUCUUUAA